AUGUCUUCAGGUGACACUCUGUCACCACAGGCACUUGCCAACCUCAAGCUCUACAAAUACUCCAGCGUGGACAAGUCGUUCAUCUCCAACUAUGUUCUCCGCUACUACUGGAAUGCUUGCGUCAAGCUGCUCCCAAUGUGGCUUGCCGCGAACAUGGUGACGCUGCUUGGUUUCUUUCUCAUCAUCGCCAAUGUGAUGCUUUUACAGGUCACCAUUCCAGACCUCGUUGGACCAGGGCCUGUGUGGGUGUACUGGUCCUUCGCCUUCGCCUUGUGGGGCUACUCGACCAUGGACAACAUCGACGGAAAGCAGGCUCGGCGAACAGGAACCAGCAGUCCACUGGGCGAGUUGUUCGACCACGGCAUUGACUCAUUGAAUUGCACACUCGCUAGCUUGCUGGAGACUGCCGCCAUGGGCUUUGGCCCAACUCAUAUCGGAGCAUUCACAGCUAUGGUGCCGGUGCUACCCAUGUUCUUCUCGACCUGGGAGACGUACCACACCCACACGCUCUAUCUAGGCGUGUUCAACGGCCCGACCGAGGGGCUGAUCAUCGCCACUUCCAUCAUGGCCAUCUCAGGCUACUACGGUCCCCAGGUCUGGCAGACACCAGUCUCAGACCUCAUCGGGCUGGAGAACAUCUUCGGCGACUUGUCGUGGCGUGAGGGCUGGGUGCCGCUACUCCUCAUUGCUUUCUUCACAGCGCAUCUUCCCGCCUGUGUCUAUCACGUCGUCAAUGCCCGGCGAGCUGCCAACCUGCCUGUGCUACCCGUGUUCCUAGAAUGGACAUCCAUGCUCAUCUUCUGCGGCAGCUGCCUCGCCUGGCUCGGCUCGCCACACUCUAAUCUGCUCAAGGAUAACCACCUCGUCCUCUGGUGCUUGACAAUGUCGUUCGUCUUCGGCCGUCUGACCACCAAGAUUAUUUUAUGCCAUCUCACACGACAACCAUUCCCAUUCUUCUCGGUCAUGCUCGUCCCGUUGAUCGGCGGAGCAGUACUCGCGCAAGGCCCGAGCUUUGAGCUUUGGUCGGCGUGGAGCCCGACAACGGAAUUCAGGUACCUGCAGGGAUAUUUCGUGUUCGCAGUGGUGGCGUAUUUCACUUGGGCGGUGAGGGUAAUCAAUGCGAUUUGUAAGGUAUUGGAAAUCAACUGCUUGACGAUCAAGAAGAGGAAAGUCGAUGCCGACGAGGCGGACAAGGGGAAGAAAGAGAUCGAGAACGAAACGCCAGCGGCGAAUGGCGAGCUGAGGAGAAGCACGAGAAAGAAGGCUUGA